GUGCCCGGCCGCUUCUCCCGCGUCCGCCAUUUUGUUGCUGUGGCUAUUGGGAACGGGCAGGGUAAAACGGCCCGGGAGGCGCGACUCUUGCUGGAGUAGGCUGCUUCGGGUGACGGCGAGGGUCGCUGCGGGCUCCUGAGACUGCGGAGCCGGCGGGUUCCAGGACAGGAGUCACCGGAGCCAGCCCUGGUCGCCGGGCAGCCGAGAAGCCCGAGGCGGCCUCCGCUACUGCUCCGCUUCGCCCACCUCGACCCCGGGGCUUUGCCCAGUGUUCCCGGGCCGGCUCUUUCCGUGAGGCGGCCCGGUGCAGGCGGGCGGUGGCGGAGGAUGCUGUGGGGCCCGGAGCCGAGGGUGAGGUCCUGACCCAGCCCUCUGAUUGCUCUUUCGAGAGGCCCUUCCUCGGCCCCAAAGCCGACAGCGGGUAAAGGCUUCGCGAGCCGGCGAGAGCAGCAGACGCCGCCCAUCCCGGACCCAACACCAUGUCGUCCGCCAGGUUUGAUUCUGCAGACCGCUCUGCCUGGUACAUGGGACCAGUGUCUCGCCAGGAGGCGCAGACCCGUCUCCAGGGUCAGCGCCAUGGAAUGUUCCUAGUCCGGGACUCCUCUACCUGCCCCGGGGACUAUGUACUAUCCGUGUCCGAGAACUCGCGUGUCUCGCACUACAUCAUUAAUUCCUUGCCCAACCGCCGCUUUAAGAUCGGGGACCAGGAGUUCGAUCAUUUGCCGGCCUUGCUGGAGUUCUACAAGAUCCACUACCUGGAUACUACCACCUUAAUCGAACCAGCGCCCAGGUAUCCAAGCCCACCAAUGGGUUCUGUCUCAGCACCCAACUUGUCUGCAGCAGAAGAAAAUGUGGAAUAUGUACGGACUCUCUAUGACUUUCCUGGGAAUGAUGCUGAAGACCUCCCCUUUAAAAAGGGCGAGAUUCUAGUGAUAAUAGAAAAGCCUGAAGAACAAUGGUGGAGUGCCCGGAACAAGGAUGGCCGGGUUGGGAUGAUUCCUGUUCCUUACGUUGAAAAGCUUGUGAGGUCUUCGCCACAUGGAAAGCAUGGAAAUAGGAAUUCUAACAGUUAUGGCAUCCCAGAACCUGCUCAUGCGUAUGCUCAACCUCAGACCACAACUCCUCUACCUACAGUUGCCAGUACUUCUGGGGCAGCGGUCAACCCUUUGCCAUCCACACAGAAUGGACCUGUCUUUGCAAAAGCAAUCCAGAAGAGAGUACCCUGUGCUUAUGACAAGACUGCUUUGGCAUUGGAGGUUGGUGACAUUGUGAAAGUCACAAGGAUGAAUAUAAAUGGCCAAUGGGAAGGCGAGGUGAAUGGGCGCAAAGGGCUUUUCCCUUUCACGCAUGUUAAAAUCUUUGACCCUCAAAACCCAGAUGACAACGAGUGAUCGCUGUCGCCCUCCCUGCUGCUGCCUUGUCCUGCCUGUCAUAGUCUCCUUUGAAGUGGGAAGCACUCUCCCAUGCAAGUCACAGCGAGCUGCUGGGCCGCUCCCCACACAUUGGUGGUCUCCUGCACAUUUGGAAUGCCUCCAGCGGCUGCCUCUUGGCAUUUGUAUCAUAGUCAUGCUGUCAAAGAGUAGCUGAUUUUAGAGUUCUUCUGGAUUAUAAACUGGAAAUACUGGCGGAAGCACACAAGUCGAGAGAAUUGAACACAGAAAGGGUCUUCCUUCUCAUCGCUGCCUUGUUUAUACUUGAGGCUGACUGUUGUGCUCGCCAUAGAAAGCGUGAGCCUGCUGAUGGUCCACUCAGAGGGUUAGCCUCGGCAAGCUCUUGCUGUUGCUGGGCUGUAGAACAGUGGCUAUGCCAUCAACUUGUUUUUCUUUAAACAACAGAGGAAGUGAACUCCAGACAGUUCUGUCCAAACUCCUGAAAUUUGGCUUGUCUCCACUUUCUUUUGUUUAGCUUUGGUUUUGGAAGACUAAUUCAUUAGAGUUGUGUGCUCUGAACAGAUUUUUAAAUAGUAGGUUGGAUUUUUGUGAUAGUUUAAGGAACGGUGCGUGUCCCUGAGCUUCCAAACUGAAGCUGCUGUAUGUAACUAAAAGAAAAUGAAGACACCCUGAAGUAGAGGCCUUUCUUUUGUUACCUUGUGUACCGCGUGGCAAAUAAUGCACAGCAGCAGCCAUGGUGUGCCGUGCUGUGUGCAGCCGGGAAGCACCAGGGUGAGCCACUGGUGAUCUGUGGAGACUGUUGCUGUCACAGUUGCCAUUGACAGGAGCAGAAAGAGUGGAGCACUUGGUCAGUUCUUUCUAGCUUUUCAAUGAGUACACCCCUUUAUUAGAACUAAAGUUAAGUUUAUAGAAUUAGUGGAUUCACCACAAAGUCCUGUCGGCCGGCCCCUCCUGUGCAGGCUGCAUAAAAGUGGUGGUGCUGUCUGUCCUGGUUCCAUAGCCUAAGUGGAACAGAGCACAGUGCUCCUGAGCAAAGAAAAUGCAGGCUCUGGAACCCCUAACCCAUAUACCAUGAGCCAACAUGCAAACCAGCUGAUACAAAUGUGUAUCUGACCACUCAUCCACACAAAGCAACCCUGAGUUCUAGAACCUUCCUAAAGUACACUCUGUUUCAGCUGGACCCUGAUGAGGACACACCUCCACACACAACACCACAGCAGUUUCAGAAAUGUAGCAGUGACUUAGUGAGUAGUUCCAGCAUUUACAGAACAGCUAGCUGUAACUGUGAUCCUGGCUCUGAGACUCUUAGGCUGUGAGAACUAAGGGAACAUAUUCUGGAGGCAAAACUAACACAGCCAUUUGUCCACUAUAUUUAUUCUCUUAAAGACUUUUUUUGUUUAAUGUUGUGUAUAUUGGGCAUGGUAGCACACACCUUUAAUUCCAGCACUCGGGAAGGCCGAGGUAAGCAGGUCUCAGAGUUCAAGGCCAGCCUGCCUGCUCUGUGUAGUGUAUUGUAAUCUGGACAACCAGAUGGACAUAGAGAGACUGUUUCAGAGUCCCCCACCCCCAAAAAAAGUAUAUGGGCGUUUUGCCUGCAUGUAUGAAUGUGCAUCCAAUAGGUGCAGUGCCUAAGGAGGCCAGAAGAAAGUGUUGGAUCCUCUGAAACUGGAAUCACUGUGUGGAUGCUAAGAAUUGAACCUGGGUCUUCUGUAAGAGCAGCAGCAAGUACUCUUAGCUGCCGAGCCAUGUCUUGAGCCCCAUCAGUUUCUCUUUAAAUCAGUAUCCCAUCAGACUGAUGAGUGCCAUAUUUUAGUGUUCAUGUGACAAAAUGGUUAUUUGGAGUUUGGUGGUAGUAUGUCUGCCUAUCUGUGGCUUUCCUGAAAAUGGUAGAUGUCAACUCUUUUCCAUCUCUGAAAGCUGCCGGUUUUUUAGCCAGAUCUGUUGAGUGAGCCCCAAACUGCCUAGAACAAUAUUUGCCCUCUGGCUAGUGGCCAGCCUGAGGCCUUUUGAUACCUGCACUGAGUACAUGCCUUGUUCACAGAGGACACAACCUCCAAGGAAUCGCACCCCAUUACUGGGACUUGAGCCUCAUGCCUUACACAUGCUAGGUAAGCCCUCUACCACUGAGCUCUUCUUUAAAUUUUGAGAUGGGAUUUCCAUAAAUUGCCCAUGCUGGCUUCGAAUUUUCCAUUCCCAGCCUCAGCUGAAAUUACAAACGUUUGAGUCACCACACCCAGCUCUUAAAGUCUUUUGAAACUACAUUUAACUGAAGGGCUUGGGUGUCUUGAUUAUAGCAGCUUGCUCAGUGUAGGCAGCCAUUUUUGAGAACAGGAUUUCCCUUCUCAAGUCUGUUGAUGAGCAAGACUCCAUGUAGAUUCAGGAUCAAAAUGCCCCGUAAACCUGGAGUUUGAUUUAUAAAAUCAGCUAAUUUGGCCCAUGUUUCUAUAGCUCCCUCAGGUCCAGAGCUGGACAUAAGACUUAAGUUCAGAACUCAGGAUAUGUGCCAAAAGUAGUAAUUUCCUGAAUUAGAGGUUUGUCAGUUUAUUAAUCAGGAAAAAUUUUCCUUUUCACACUGAUAGAAAGUGGCAUCUUCCUAGGUCCCACUCUCUGGGAAGACACGUAGCCUCAGAGGGGAGUGUGAUCCAGGGGUGGCUUUCCUUCUGUGACUGUCAUUGCAUAGGCUGCUCUGCUGUGUUGGACUGGGAUGACAACCCUCUCACUUUUGCUGUUGAAUCUGAGAAGGGAAUGACUAGGUUGCCAGGGCAUAGACGGCUAGAUCAAAGUCCUGUCACCUGGGCAGGACCUCCCUGCAGAAGGCAUCCUUGGCACUUCUGCACUGCUUUGACGCCACCUGUUGAGGGUUAACAGGGUGCACGGCUUUGGUCACCCAGAUUCAGAACCCUCUGUGCUCACCGGAAGAGACUCUGUGCCCUCCCUUGGAGUUGCACGUUCCUGGCACUGCGCCAGCCUUCCUCUACACCUGUUUACAGACAAGAUGGGCCAGGAUUGAUGGCCACUGCUCUUGUAACUUUGGCUCAGAAGAAUAAUGAGCUUUUUUUUUUUUUAAGGGAUGAUGUGUUUUUGUUCUAGUGUUUAUAAUUUAAUCUUUUAAUAUUAUGUUCAUUAACCUCUUAAAAUGAGUGAAUUCUUGAUUGUUUUAACACAGUACCUAAGACUAAUGCUUUCUGUGGCCUCCUCACCACAGGACCAGAGAACCACAUCCCUGGUAACUGCUGUGAGUGUGGACACUGAGCUGCUUGUAUAUUCUAAAGGAGCAGGAGGACAGUUCUCUGAGACAGGAGGAACAGUGGCCUUGCUUCUAGACGGUCUUCACUGUGUGUUUUAAAAUGACAUAAAACUCUUUUGACAUGUAUAACUUAAAGAUCAUAAGUGUCAGGCAAUAAUAUUUUCUGUGUAAGCUUUUAAAAUUAUUUUUUGGGGAUUAUAGCUUGUUUUAUUUUGUGCUAUAAAAUUAACAGUAUUAAAUGACUUAUAUUCUUAGAAUACAGUGAGUGUCUUUUCUUAACAGAUUAGUGCCUUUUUAUUUUUGUAUUCCAUUUUACGUUACUGGUCCCAGCAUCAAAACCCUUGUUUCCAUGGCCUGUUUGUACAUUGUCUCAAUAAAACUUGCACCAGCUGGCGGUGGCAGCAGC